GUAAUAUUUUCUUUUUUGAUAAAGAUUUAAUUAAAGCGUAAUUUGUUACUAACUCAAAAAAAUGGCUGGAUUGUUCUAUCUUGGAGGGAGAGAUCACAACAAACAAGAUCAUCAUCAAGACAAGGAUCAUAAUGAAGACAAGAGCAACAAUUAUCUCUAUCUAUACAAAGACGAGAUCUACAACAACAACAAGGGUUUUGAGAUUUUCCCACCUCAAUAUUUUCAACAACAACAACAACAAAAUCAUGUGGCUGCUCCAACAAAUCUCUACUCUUUUGGUAUGGUCCCGAGUGGUGGUAUUAACAAUAACCGGAGUACUAAUCGGAGUUUGUACUUCAACGUCGUCUCCGAUCAUGAGCCGGUGAGAUCCUCAACGGGAGGGUUUACGGUAACUAAGCAAGGAAACAUGAAUUGCCAAGACUGUGGGAAUCAAGCCAAGAAAGAUUGUCCUCAUAUGAGAUGUCGUACUUGUUGUAAGAGCCGAGGGUUCGAUUGCCAAACACACGUGAAGAGCACGUGGGUCUCGGCUGCUAAACGCCGUGAGAGACAGGCUCAGUUAGCUGUUUUGCCAGCUAAGCGGAUAAGAGACGCUAACUCAAGCGGUGGUGGCGAUGACGAUGAUGACAGAGAGACGAGAAAAAUGGCGGUGGAGACGACAGUUGUGGGGGUGGCUCGGCUCUUGCUUGCACCCGUGUGGUUAAUGCUAAUUCUUCAGUCACUGUUCUUUGGUAAACCUGACGACACAAAAGUUUUAAUCGAUUUUCAUGAGCCUAUAUACUUAUCAAGGUUAGAGAGUAGUCACUUACCGCCGGAGAUAAGUUCCCCGGCGGUUUUCCGGUGUAUGAGAGUCAGCUCAAUCGACGAUGAAGAAGAGUAUGCUUAUCAAACGGCUGUGAGCAUUGGAGGACACGUGUUCAAAGGCAUUCUCUACGACCAAGCCGCUACUACAACCGCCGUGACCGCCGUUAAUAGUAACAACGGAUCGAUUGACCCUUCUUCAAUUUACACUGCGGUGGCGGCUCCGUUUAACGCCUAUGUCGCCGCCGGUGGCCAGAGAGAAAAAUUCGUAAGAUUAGAUGAUACAGAUUCGAGGGUAUCAAUGUCAUCUAAUGCAACGGGAAUGAAGAAGCGAUCAUGUUUUGGAUUGUUUAACCUAACUAGUCGAGGAGGAGGAAAGACAAAGAACACAUCGAAAUCCUUUCGAGAAGGCGUUAAAAUCGGAUCAGAGGGUCUAAAAACGAUCGGAAAAUCAUUGACAUCAGGUGUGACAAGAGCUGUUUUCCCUGAAGAUCUCAGAAAUGUUGUUAUCUCUUGCAUUCUUGCUGUCUCUGUUGAUCCUCUGUUCUUCUAUCUCCCCAUUGUCGAUAACUCAAAGAACUGCAUUGGAAUCGACUCUAAAUUAGCUGUGACAACUACUACUCUAAGAACGAUCAUCGAUGUUUUUUAUCUUACACGAAUGGCUCUUCAGUUUCGUACAGCUUAUAUUGCUCCUUCUUCUCGUGUAUUUGGAAGAGGUGAGCUUGUGAUCGACCCUGCAAAGAUCGCUGAACGGUAUUUGACUCGUUACUUCAUUGUCGAUUUCCUCGCGGUUCUUCCUUUACCUCAGAUUGCGGUGUGGAAGUUUCUUCACGGAUCUAAAGGAACAGAUGUAUUACCAACAAAACAGGCGCUAUUACACAUUGUUAUCACACAGUACAUACCAAGAUUCGUUAGGUUUAUUCCAUUAACAUCAGAGCUCAAGAAAACAGCAGGAGCUUUCGCUGAAGGUGCUUGGGCUGGUGCUGCUUAUUACCUCCUAUGGUAUAUGCUUGCAAGCCACAUUACUGGAGCGUUCUGGUACAUGUUGUCAGUGGAACGUAACGAUACAUGCUUGAGAUCCGCUUGUAAAGUCCAGCCAGAUCCCAAGGUCUGUGUUCAGAUUCUUUAUUGUGGCAGCAAAUUAAUGAGCAGUCGCGACACCGACUGGAUCAAAUCAGUCCCUGAUCUUUUCAAGAACAAUUGUUCUGCGAAAAGCGAUGAGUCCAAAUUCAAUUACGGAAUCUAUAGCCAGGCUGUGUCUUCUGGAAUUGUAUCUUCGACAACGUUUUUCUCCAAGUUUUGUUAUUGUCUUUGGUGGGGUCUCCAAAUCUCAGGUCAAGGGCUGCAAACAAGUACAUAUCCAGGAGAAGUUUUGUUUUCAAUUGCCAUUGCUGUAGCCGGACUUCUUUUGUUUGCUCUUCUCAUUGGGAAUAUGCAAACUUAUCUUCAGUCACUUACGGUUCGUUUAGAGGAAAUGAGGAUUAAAAGACGCGAUUCCGAACAAUGGAUGCACCACAGGUCACUUCCACAAAACCUGAGGGAACGAGUCAGACGUUAUGAUCAAUACAAAUGGUUAGAAACAAGAGGAGUCGACGAAGAAAACAUAGUCCAGAGUUUACCAAAAGAUCUCAGAAGAGACAUCAAACGCCAUCUCUGUCUGAACUUAGUUCGCAGGGUUCCUCUGUUUGCUAAUAUGGAUGAGAGAUUACUCGACGCAAUAUGUGAGAGACUAAAGCCGAGUCUAUACACAGAGAGCACUUAUAUAGUGCGAGAAGGAGACCCGGUUAACGAAAUGCUAUUCAUAAUCCGAGGCCGAUUAGAGAGUGUAACGACAGAUGGUGGAAGAAGCGGUUUCUUUAACAGAGGUUUAUUGAAAGAAGGUGACUUUUGUGGUGAAGAGCUUCUGACUUGGGCGCUUGACCCUAAAGCAGGCUCAAACUUACCUUCUUCCACAAGAACAGUGAAGGCUUUAACUGAAGUAGAGGCUUUCGCUUUAGAAGCUGAAGAGCUCAAGUUUGUGGCUAGUCAAUUCAGGCGUCUUCAUAGUCGUCAGGUUCAACAGACUUUCAGGUUUUACUCUCAACAAUGGAGGACUUGGGCUGCUUGUUUUAUCCAAGCCGCUUGGCGUAGACAUUUAAGAAGGAAAAUCGCAGAGCUUAGACGUAAAGAAGAAGAAGAAGAAAUGGAUUAUGAAGAUGAUUACGAUUAUGAUGAUAAUAUGGGUGGUGUGGUUACAAGGAGUGAUAGUUCUGUUGGAUCAAGUUCUAGAUUACGUUCCACGGUAUUUGCAUCAAGAUUUGCUGCUAACGCGCUUAAGGGUCAUAAGCUAAGGGUCUCCGAGAGUUCAAAGAGUUUGGUGAAUCUAAGAAAGCCAUCAGAACCUGAUUUUGAGGCUCUUGAUACAGAGGAUUUGGGCUAAGUACUUAACAUCAGGAAGAUAAAAGUCAGUGAUA